GGAAAACAUAGCAGAUGUUGCCUGAUUAUUUCUUUGCUGAUAGAGUUAGACACCAUGAUGAGGAAAUUCUAAAUCUUCUAAAACUUAAAAUGUGUCCUGCUAGAUGAAAAAAAGGAUGUGGUACUGUUGAUCACAGUGACUAUUCGGCAUUUAACACUUGCUUUUAAAGUGAAUUAAGACUGCCAAUAAACAUUAUUUUAUCUGAACUCUCACUUAACAAUAUCCAAUCAAACUUCCAGUUCCACAGAUUCUGAAAAGUCAUCUUGAGUCUUUAUUAUAUCAAAUAUCAAGUGUUUUUGUGUGUUUGCUUUAUUUAUUUUACAUUUGGAGUUAAAGGGGGGUUGUUUUGACGGCUGAGUAGCCUGCUUCUCUCUUUUUUUGACCACACCCAUAUUAUCAGAUUAUUGUUUGACAAACGUGAUCGAUAUGCUGUGAUAUGUUCAUACUGGUUUGAAAGUUUUUUUUUUUAACUUUUGAGUGGCGGGAGGAGAAGGCACAGAGUUGUAGUUUAAUUUGUGGGUGACGUUGAAGGUUGAGUUUGGAAUAGCAGCCAGUGCAAUACUCAUGGAACAUGGUGCUGCUGAAAUAUGUUUACACUGAUACAGGAAAGACUGUCAGCUCGCUUAGUGUUUUUCCUCACUAUUCGAUCUCUCGCAGACUGGUGGACGGAUGUUCACAGAACCAUUCUCGCGCUAACUUCAUCUGCUCACUUCCCACGAUUGAAAUGUUGCGACAGCGCUGAAGGAGCGACACUGUGCACAAGCACUGCCUCGCCUAUUCACCUGGGAAGUAAUCAACCCUCAAUAUUUGUGCUCCAACAAAGGACGAAAGGUGGGAGGAAAAGUUGGGGUGGGCGGGGGUGGAGUUAAAUUCCCUGGCCAACAUACGGACACACGUAGCAGACGAAGAAUGCUGCGCCCCCUACAGGCUAAUGCCAAAACGACGCGAGGCUGUGAACAAGACCGUUCUUUGCUUCUUUCGCGUGGUCAAGAAGUGGGCAACAGGAUUUUCCCAAUCAUCAAUGUGGCGACUUGUCGAGUUGAAGGCAGGCAGGAGAUGCUUCAGCCAGGGGUCGCUUCAGCAGCGUGACACUAGGAAGGACGUGGAGCAAAACCACCGGGGCGAUCAAAAUGCCGGUCAUAUUAAAAACGAUCCAAGCAGAAGAAGGAGCUUCCUUUAGGCUGCCCAUGUCAUCGUUAGCCUCUACAAAGCCUGGUGUCGGCGUCACAAGAAGCACAAAAAGCAACAAUGAUAAAGACGUCCACAGUGAGGACCACUGCGCCGGUCAGCUAACAGACGGGCCAGUUGCCAACCCAAGCAACGACAGGCUGGCGCUAGGUAUAGGCCCACUGAACAAGUGCAAACCGCCUAUGGGCCGAGGGCAGCUCUCACCUGCCACGAGAGCCAGGAGAACCCCGUUCGGAGCUGGAAACUCAGCGCCGUCCACACCCAGCACCGACAGAAAAGGGGCCACCAAGCCUUCUUCCUACUUCGACCGGCUGGGCCUGACGACGCUAGUGGGCGGCGGGAGUGGAGGAGUGGCAGGUCAGGGGUCAAGGCUUCUAAGCCAGAAUCAUCUCCGACGCCUGCUAGUUGCGUCUACGUCUGGCAGCGAAACUCGCGAGCGAUCGGGCGGGAAUGAGGGCGGAGGCUGCGAGAUGUCGGUGGAGGCGUGCAACCCGGGAGUCAUCAAGCUGUACGGAGAAUCACUGGUCCAUGGAGCGCAGUACAAAUCAGUGCUGGCCUCCACACGCUCCACGGCCCGCGAGCUCCUACGACAGGCCCUCGAGCGCUACGGUCUGCCUCCCGCGGAAGUCAGCAAAUACGUGCUUUGCGAGACCGUGGGCAUCAUCGGUGCGGGUGACGACGGAAGCGGCGAGGACAGCGAUCGAGAGGUUUUCCGCCCCGCGACAACCAGCGAGCUGGACAACAGUCCCCUGACUGAAUACGUGCUGGCCAGUGGCGGCUGGACGCCCGUGUAUCAUCGAUUGCUUCACGACGACGACAGACCGCUAGAAUUGCAUGCGUACUGGAGGCAGAACGGCUUCCACCGUCGCUUCGAGCUGCGGCGGCGUGAGGACGUCGCGCGGCAUGGCGGUUCUGACGACACUUCCGGUCUGAACGACAACGCGCGGAGAAUCAUGAAAGCGAAAGUGUCGCCUGUCGUCGUCUCGUCCGCGUCACCUUCUUCUUGCAUCAGCUCGGCUGUUUACAGUCACGCGGGGACCUUCGCGAAAGUGCCGCAGACACAACCUUUACAGCUGAUUGAAGCUCAGUCGGUCGGGCAUAACACCUCGAAACAGUGUCUCCGUCUGUCGGGACUGAUACACACAACAAGGCUUCUCAGUCUGUCGGGGUUGGCGCGAUCAGAAAGGUAUCCCAGACAGUCGGGGCUGGCAUGCUCAUCAACAGUCAACCGUACCUUCUUGUGUCCCGCGGUGUGUCCGUACUUUCUAACUUUGCGUGGGUACGACGCCACCAAGGACUUCGUCAUAUACCCUUUGAAGGCAAAGACGCUGACAGUAGGGCGAAGCCGUGGACAAGAAGAUGACAUCGUCUUGGUGGCCGACGAUGUGCAAGACGUCCAUUGCCGCAUUCAACUGCACACGUCGCCGCCAAAUCAUCCACACAAGCUUCACAAAGAAAGGCAUUACUGGUACCAUCUUCAAAUAACAGUCAUAGACGGGGCACAUGUGUACCUGAACGGUCGUCGCGUGGAUCACUUUGUCACGGUCGUUCCUGGGGAUCUGCUGGGCAUUGGCCAGCAUUAUCUGUUCCUGUACAAAGAUCUGACAGCGGGGUAUGAUAUACCCCAGACCCUGCCCUGGUACCCGGGCGCCUUCAACUCAAGCACCAGUGGCUUCAAAACCGACACGAAUUUACCAACCGAUCUGGAAGCAAACCAAGAUCAGCCGAGCGGUCUGAAUGGUGAGGUUCUUUCUUCGGAGCUCCAUUAUCGAGACAAGCUGACCAAAUAUUGCAGUGUCGGAGAGAGACCACUCUUCCUGGCCUAUGCGAGGCACAGAGAGAAGGACGUCGUCGAGUACAUCGCCAACAUCAGCUGCAACGAACGGGGAGACUUCCCCCUGACCAGCGCGACUCUGCUGCUGUGUUGCUAUGUGUACGUGGCGAGGCAUUUCUCAAAUGACCAGCUGACCAUAUUCUUGAAACAAGUACUCGAGGCAGUGCGCAACAGAGCCGGCGUAGUAUGCGAAACCUUGUCUCAACAAAAGUACAAGAGAGUUCUUACACAGCGCUGUGUUCUUGUACAGCACUAUGUUCAAGCUGGAAAAAGAAGAAAACCAGAGUGCGGCGACCCUCUCUUCGACUUGCUGUGCUGCCUUUCUAACGUCACGCACCUGUACAGCCAUCUUUCUUCCCAGGACUUCCGGCCUCCUUCCAGUGACCAGCAGCCUCAUUCUGAAGUCACGGAGACCUUUCAUGAGGUCACUCAAGGGCUGGAGGAGGCGAUAAGGUUCAUGUUUCAGCAGACUGUCUACUCCGUCACUAAGGAGCUGUACAUUCCAGUGGAAGAGAUUGUGUCUACCCCGUCCGGACUUGACACAGGUGACCGGUGUGCAGCGACCAUGGCGCGAGUGCUGCACGUGCUUCAAGUGACGUCAGACGUCGUGAAAAGCGUUGGGCUUCACCGUCUCGUGAUCAUCCAGCUGCUGACAUACCUGAUGUUCUAUAUCACGACGACUGUGUUCAACAAACUGGUGAUGAAUGGUUCUCAGUACCUGUGCUGGUCGGUGGGCAUACAACUACAAGCGUGUGUCAGCCGCCUGGAGGACUGGGCAGUAUCCGUGGGGCUGGGGGCGCAGUACCUACAGGUGGCCGAGCAGCUCGUGGCACUCGUGGACCUGCUGGCAACGUCUCGACACACUCUCUUCCGGAUGGACUGGCACAGCUUUCACAAACAGUAUUCUCCCCUGUCAGACGCACAGUUGCUGAGGGUACUGAGCGGAUACCGGGUAGGAGACGGACAGCGGCCCCCAGAAACCUGGCUACCCUCACAGGAAGUACAACACAGUUCUGAUGACGUGUCCAUAGCAAUGACCUCUCACCCUCCCUUCGUGAUGCCGCGUGAUGAGGAAAGCGGGAACAUCACUGAACUGACGCCCGCUUUCUUCCAGCAUAUGGAAAGCGUCCAAAGACACUUUCUGUCCAAAGAAGCAGAGAUAAACGUUUGCGAACCCAGUUCACCAGCAGAUAAGACCAGGACUUCCUCUUCUGCCUUCUUUUCGAGCCAACCGUUUCCAGACACAUUUUUUACCUGUAACUCACCUGCGGUCGCUCGGCCAUGUGGUCUUCACCCCCCAGCUUCCCCAUCUAAUCCCUCUGAACAAAUGUUGGGGACUGAUGUGCUUUCAUGUACUGGUCACCCACAGGAUGUGCUGAGUUUUGACACCUAUGAAGAUGAUCUGAACACUCAUUGCGUCGCUAGUGAACAGCCAGUGCCGAUCCCUCGGAGAGGUCUCUUUCACACCGCAGAAUCCUCACACAUUACCACCUCAUUUGCUCCCACAGAACCAGAGAACCAUGAAAACCACGGUCACGGCAGUCAUCUUUUAGUCAGCAUCUCAAAUGUUGACUUUUGGCAAAGAGAUCUGAACGGAAACGCAACAGAUGGUUCUUUUCCAACCCACCUUCCUGUCAAGACGUCAAGCGUCACCAUGGACACCACAGCUUUAGACUUUAUAUGGCCCUAUACCCCAUACAAGCAGGACCAGCAGGGGGACACUCCUCCGUCCAGCCCUCGGCGGUUUACGGGGGAACAAAGCCUGCCCCAGACGCAGCAGAACAGGCCGGACGUCGUGCAGCUGGCACAACACUCGAGCUGCAGUCACGUGACCAGACUUGCGCGAUACCCAGACGACAUAUACAUUGACGUGAGUCAGCUGGAGGCCAGUGGCAAGGCCCGACAUUUGAAGGUUUUGUCCCUAGAAGACGGGGCAGGACCUCCAGCGUCCCGAGGUAAACCAUAGGUCCCGAUGAUUAUCCUCCGAGGAUUGUGACUCGGGGUAUAGCUAUCACCCCAGGUACCCAAACCACCGAUUCAUACCUAAGGUCCAAUUUUUACAUAAACAUUUUUUUGUUUUUACUUGAUUGUAUUUCUUCGCU